UGGGCAGGUCCUGCAUAACCAGACCAGUCCAGUCCACCUUCUUUCUAUGGCCAUUGUAGUGUCCACCCUCCAAGGUUCCUUUCGUUUCGACAAAACACAGUACACACUAGCCCUCUACAGAAGGUGGGGAUUCAUUGCUGAAAGGACACAUGGGGCAAUUGUUUCCUAAUGAUUCGUGUAUGCAAGACGUCUGUUACCCUACACGAACCUGUGAUUGGUCAGUUACAUCACGUGGCGUUGAUUCCAUUAACACACUGGCCUAUGAUAUUGUUCAUGUAACUGUCUAAUUACAUAAAAGGACCUGGCAUACGUUUUAUAUUCUGUCUGGUUUCGUCGCUCAGAAGGAACAGCGGCCGAUUCCACGCUAAGGACUUUUAUAACAAGGUACAGCUAGCCCCUACUGAAUUUUCACGUGACAUCUCGAGAACAUUCCCUGUCGACAGACGCGGCUGUCAGUGACAUGGAGCAGAUCCCAUCAGAUGAAGAAGUUUGUGUGGCAUCGCUGGCUGACCGAGACUCAGUCGUGGCCAUAGACGAUGACGUGUACAGCGGCCUGGAUAACCUCCCUGACACCUACCCGUCUCUUGUGGAAGGACCCGGCGUUCGUGGCUACCUUUACAAAAAAGGAGGCAGAACUAUUGCAUUUCUGCACACUAGGCUGAUAGAUGGAGGAAGGACGCUAUUGCAGAGUGCAGCAAGAGUAGUGGAGGAAUACAGAGGAAGUGGAGUCUUUGGGAGAUUUCGUAGACUAAUUCGUAGCAAGUACAUCGGGUCAUCUAAUCUUUGCUACAUUGCCUUAACGGUCUCUGAUAUCACCAUGAACACGAUUGGACAGAAGCUUCUAAGGACACACCGACAGGUGACCGAGAAAAAAAUAACAAAUGUGGACCUGACAUCAUUUGAUGUUAGCUUAAAAGCUGCAACACGUUUCCCGCGAAUAAGAAAACUCUCUACUGACGAUAUGACAUCGAUCAUGUCCUGUGAGGACGGCUGCCUGCAUCAUCUCUUUCCGGAUGGAAGAAUUAUUCUAGACUGGCAGCCAUACCGACUGAUGGCAGCUAACGUGCCCCUCAUCACCGACACCUUCAAACACCGCGUCUUCCUGGCUACAGACGACAAGAGUCCUCCCUUGGACACACCUUUGUUUGCUCCCCUGAAAGUCCUGUCUGCAGGAAGCUACUUCAGGUGCAAGAAAGCCCCUACUGAAGUUUCACGUGACAUCUCGAGAACAUUCCCUAUCGACAGACGCGGCUGACAGUGACAUGGAGCAGAUCCCAUCAGAUGAAGAAGUUUGUGUGGCAUCGCUGGCUGACCGAGACUCAGUCGUGGCGAUAGACGAUGACGUGUACAGCGGCCUGGAUUAUCUCCCUGCCACCUACCCCUCUCUUGUGGAAGGACCUGGCGUUCGUGGCUACCUCUACAAAAAAGGAGGCAGAACUGUUGGAUUUAUGACCACUGAACUCACAGAUGGAGGGAGAACUCUGGUUAUGGAUGCAGCAAGAAUAGUAAAGGAAUACAGAGGGAGAGGAAUGUACGGGCGUUUUCAAAGACUGGUCCUUCGCCAAUAUAUCCGGUCACAUGACAUUUGGUACCUUGCGUUUACAGUUGAUAAUACCAACAUGGCAGUUAAUGGACAGAGACUUCUGAGAACAUAUAGAAAUGUAUCCGAGAAGACUGUGACAUGUGUCGAGCUGACUUCUUCUGAUUUUAAUUUCCAUGGGAAAACAGAAUCCGAUAAUCCAAGAAUGAGAAUACUCUCUAGCGAUGAUAUGACUUCUAUCAUGUCUAGUGAGUCUCUAGACGACCUCCUUCAUCUCUUUCCGGACAGAAGAAUGAUUCUGGACUGGAAGCCAUACCGAGCGAUGCCAGAGAACGUCCCCAUCAUCACCAACACCUGCACGCAUCGCGUUUUUGUGGCAACAGACGCCGAGAGUAGUUCCCCUUUGAACAGGGCUCGCAGUUCUCUCCCUCGCAUCCUUUCCGCAGGUAGCUACUACAGGUGUAAGAUAGGUACCUGUUACUCAGCAGAUGUUUUCGGUGACGGAAGUGAGGACGAGCUGCGUGCGCACAUCACGUGGCACAUUCUGCGUUCCGCUAAUGUGGGUAACGGUAAUGUUGCUAUUACUGUCUCUUGCACCAGAAGCUUGGAUGAAAUGAUGGCAGACCUGGGAAAGACUUUUCCACUUAGAAAAUCAAAUCUGCCUUUUAAGCAGGUAAUUUCAUUCGAACAAGUGUUGAAGAGCAGCUGUCUCUAAACUAUCUACUGUUAAUUUUGUGUUUUUAACAAUUAAAAAUAUUCCAUAUAAAUCUUUUUAUAAAUAAAAUGUGUGCAAUGCCUGCACACAACACAGUUAUCUGUUUCACAAAACUGCUUCUGUAUAGUUAUUUUCACAUAGUAGUUGUGGGAAACACUUGACUUAUCUUGAAAUAACAAUCCUCGAUGGUUAUUUUAGUUUUCUCAGCACUUUAAAAUACUAAAGCUGUGAAAUUAGCUGACUGUACACAUGGCAUGCAUCUCCUUUGUCGGUCAAACAACUUGUACUUUUAAUUGCUGGACACGUGACAUGCGUCUGUACAUUAAUACCUGAAAUGCUGCAUAUCUUACAUAUUUUGUAUUUCACAAAGCUGUUGGAAUUACUAGGGCUGGUAACUGGUUAUCUACAUAAAGAUUUAAGAAAAAAAUGUUUCCUACCUGUACGAUGAGGCCUUCAGGUCUUAAGAGCAUUUAGACUGGUGAUGUGGCAAAGUAGGGUUUUCUUAUUAUUAGGUGUCACCAUGUAAUGCUCCUAUUCAUUAAAAAAUUUAUAUCAAUAUAACUAAACUUUAAACUUUAAUCAGUGUUUGAUAAUAUUCUAUUACCAAAACGACACAUAUUAAUUAUAAUUAUAUAAUACAUAAUGUAUACAUAUGCGGAAUAUUCUUUGUUUGGUUACUUUUUUGUGACAUAAAGAGUAGAGCGCUUUAAUUCUUAAUGAUUCAGUCAGAGAAAACUGUUUUUGUACUACAUGUGUGAAAAGCUAUUGGCAACCUCUUUGAAGGUAUUGCCUAUUUAUACAUCAUAAACGACAUAUGUAUAUACAAUGCUGAAAGGUAGUUUAUUUGUGUGGCUUCAUUUUGCUUUUUUAUUAAUUUUUUUGUCUGGCGAAGGUAAAAAGUGUAAAAGAAGU